CAGCAGCUGGUGUCUCAGAAGAACUUACCGGCUGCAGCUGGUAUCUUUAGCCUUUGCCUCCCUAGUGGUGACAACAUAUCGCGUCACAGGGGAGACACAGAUGGGAAGCAGAUCAACUGGAUUCAAGAGAACCACCUCCGCUGGGUACCGGUUACCAGCAGCCAGACCUUUGGUGGAACUCGUCUCAUCCUCGUCUCCUUCUCUCAGCACCACCCAGCAUGGGAAAGCUCUGCCUGCCAAUCGGGUCUUAGCACAACAGGCAGCCCGGGCCAGGGAGAAGGAGCAGGCAGUACUGCGGAGGGACCCGGUUCAGCAGGACAAGAUCUGGAGGGAGUUUAUGGAUGCCGAGUGGAGGGGAAGAAAAUAUUGGUACCAGAAUUGGGGCUUCAUGAAGGACUAUGAUCCAAUGGGUAAGAAAAAGGAGCAGGAGCAACUGCCCGAGUAUAUGCCUGUGUUCUCAGACAAAAUUCCCAACACCACCAACCAGACUAUCGGCAGUAGAAUGAACAGUGAAAUUGGCAAAACUCUAGUAAACAUGGAUUACUUCCUCAGCCGCGGAAGACAAAAGAAGAAACUUGAGCAUGAGUUCCAGCCCUCCUAGUGUUCGAAAGAAAAUAUCCCUCACAAGAUAUGUGGCAGGAUUCAAGCUAACAAUCUUUUUAGAGUCUCACAGUAAUGAAGUUACAAAGCAUCAAAUCCUUUCCUGAUAUCACUGUCUUGCAUGGCAUUUUUUCAUGAGCAAAGGUGGACCUUGUGCUUAAAAAUCUUCUGGGGAGAUCCUCUUAAUAUUUGGAGUGAUCAGAUUAGAGUGGAUAUAAACGUGCUGUUUACAUCACAGGGUCCAAUCAUGCUCCCAUCAAAGAAAAUGGCAUUAACUUCAGAGGGAACAGGGUCACCAGAAAAGAAACCCUAACUUAUCUAAGAUUGGUCACAAGAUCUUGCCAGAUGCAAGAUAUUAUAAUAUUUUAAUUUCAAAGUAAUCAGUGCACUAGAUAGCAGCAGUCCCUUGUGUUCUGUUUAUCUAGCUAGGGUUUUUUAAUCACACUCCCCAUCACCUCAGUGUCUAACCUCAUCACUGAAAGUAAAAACCAAGAUGAUGAAAACCUCUGUUCUAAUUUUUCUUCCUACUUCUGUGGAAAUGGAUGCAAUUUCCCAUGUUUUUAAUUUUCCCUUUUCCUUCCUUUUACUACUACUACUUCCUUCCUCUUUCUCUUCUCCUCUCUUUGUCUGAUUUAGUUGAGUCUGGGGGAACAAUAACACAAAGAAGAGGGUUUUACACUCUGCUCUGGAGGCACUGGUAAUCAUUCUGAUCUCCGUCAGUGAUUAGUUCCAAGGUUCUGUUGCCCAGAAAACCUGGUCUCCCAUUCUUAUAAGCUUCACCCUUGAGUUUAACAGAUGCAUAGCUCCUGAAGAAUGUAGUUGCCCAGGAAGAUCAUCAUCACAGUGAGAGAGGGAGCAUUCUUUAAGAUAUCUAGAAUCAAUUCUAUGGAGGGGCUUGAAGGCAAGGAUGAAGACUUUGGUUUGACCAGGGAAUGGGAGUACGACGCAGAGCACUGAGACAAUGCGAAAAGGAUGGCUGUUUUCUCCACUAAUUUUAGCUGUUUAAGGUGGGAGUGCUCAGACUAAGGUAAAGAGGGCUUUAGCAAUCCAGCUUGAAGAUCCUGAAAGUAUGGAUCACUGUAGCAAAGUUACCACCCAAAUACAACAGGGCACAAUGCUCUAGUCAGACGUCAGUGAAAAGGCAUUUUUCUGUAGUUGCAGCUAUUUCAGACUCCAGCAGCAGGGGGCAGCCCAAACACACUCAAAAGGUGGGACCAAUUUGACAACUGAGAGCUAGCCACCCUCAAUAGAAGGUGAGUGAUGGGAUUUCAGCAAGGCACAGGGACAGUUUGGAGCUGGUGCUCUCUGUGCUGGGGAGUAAAGGAGAUGUAGAGGUAGGUGCCACCUGCUGCCAUUUAAGACCAUGGCAACACACAGUUCCCCUAAUGGUUUCACCUAUGUUUUAAAGGCUGGGGAGAGAAUUGAUCCUUUUAGGUUGCAACAGCUGAGCUCUCUGGAGAUGGAGGAACACCACAAUCUGCAAGCAGCCUGAAAGGAGGACUGGCUCCAUUUCAGUGCUUUGCUGUUGACCCUAGAGGAGAUGCAGUAGUCUUCUAUAGUAAAUGGUCUCAAAACUGUAAAGAGUUGCACAAAGCAGGCGUGACAUAGCCAUCAUCCUGACAGUCCAUGCUCUCUCCUGGGGCCGAGGACUGCUUCCCACCACAGCAUCUAAAAGAGGUAGAGAAAAGACCAGGUGUUCCCCCAUCUCUACAUUGAUCAGUGGAGCUUACUGGCUAUAAAGGGGAGUGAAUGCUACCCCACUUAAGCACACAGAGAUGUGCUCACUCUGUGUGCUAGAAAGUCCAGCACUGCAUCCAAGACUAGCCUGUGCAACUUGCAAUUUACAUUAUCUCCUGGGAAAUUAACAUUCAGUUCUGGGCUGUAAUUAGAUUCCUGAUCCUGAGAGAUACUGUGCAGCCCAAACUCCCAUUAUGGUAGGAGUUACAUGCUGAGUUGCAGGUGGUCAGUACCUCUCAGGAUCAAGCUCUUAUCCAGCAUCCUGUAAGAGCAGCUCAUUUAUAACUAGGGCCCUACCAAAUUCACAGCCACGAAAAAGGCGUCAUGGACCGUGAAAUCUGGUCUCCCCUACCAUGAAAUCUGCUCUUUCGUGUGCUUUUACUCUAUACUAUACAGAUUUCACAAAGACCAGCAUUUCUCUAGUUGGGGGUCCUGACCCAAAAGGGAGUUGCAAGGGGGGGGUCACAAGGUUAUUUUAGGGGUGUUACAGUAUUGCCACCCUUACUUCUACGCUGCCUUCAGAGCUGGGAGGCUGGAGAGUGGCUGCUGUUGGACGGACGCCCAGUUGUGAAGGCAGCACCCUGCCAGAGCAGUGCAGAAGUAAGGCUGGCAAUACCAUACCAUGCCACCCUUGCUUCUGCGCUGCUGCCUUCGGAGCUGUGAGGCUGCUGACUGAGGGCCUAGCUCUGCAGGCAGCAGUGCAGAAGGGUGGCAAUACCAUACCAUGCCAUCCUUACUUCUGCGCUGCUGCUGGCAGCAGCCCUGCCUUCAGAGAUGGGCUCCCACCCAGCAGCCGCCACUCUCCAGCUGCUCAGCUCUGAAGGCAGUGCCACUGCCAGCAGCAGCACAGAAGUAAGAGUAGCAGUACUGCAACUGCCCCCCCCCAAUAACCUUAUGACCUCCCCUCCCCUCCAUACACAACUCCUUUUCGGGUCAGGACCCCUACAAUUACAACACCAUGAAAUUUCAGAUUUAAAUAACUGAAAUCAUGAAAUUUACUAUUUUUAAAAUCCUAUGAUCAUGAAAUUGACCAAAAUGGACUGUGAAUUUGGUAGAGCCCUAUUUAUAACUAAUUCAGCAAAGAGCACUGAAAACACAUGAGGUUACAUGCCUAGCAACCGGCAGGUGGCACUCCAGACCAAACAAACAAUCUCUUGGAAAGAAAACUAAGGGAAAGCAACAUUACACAAUUAACAUUCCUAUUGGCAGCAUGCCAGAUUCCCAGCGUGGUUACCCCUGUGUAAAUCCAGAGUAACUCCACUGAAGAAUUACUCCAGAUUUACACUGGGGUAGCUGAGUACAUUCUCUCUCUUUUUUAAAUUGGAUUAAAAGCAUCAAGCAAAAUAAUGCCACAGUAAUUUCAGAGGGGUGGGGUGUGAGGAGGUUCCAGUGAAAUGUCAUACUGGUUUGUCUUUUUAAUUAAAAUGUCUUGGCUUUAACUGAUGAAAAAAAUCAUUUAUUUUGCGCAACUAUUUUGAUUUAUUGCUGGAAUGAGUUGCUGUGCAUCAUCAGUGUUAAAUCAGGCUAUUCUGUGCAGAGGUUUUGCCAUGAUGGAAAUAAGAGAAGGAACAUUUCACAUCUUUGCUACUUGGCAAUGGAAGUUCUUUGGGUCAAGUAACGGAAAUGGCUUUGUUUCAAACUGUGUAGUGUCAAUGAGGAUGUGGAAUUUGGGUAGAAGUUAGAUUUUAACUCUAAGGGCCCAAUUCUGCCUUAGGGUAUAUGUCUACACUGCAGUGGGGGGUGUGAUUGUAGCUCAGGUAGGCUUACCCACUCUGGCUUUAAUCUAGCUAGCAUGGCUAUAAAAAAAUACUCUGGUACAGGCUGUACAAACCCACCUGAAAUCAGCCUGUCAAGCUAGCUAGUUUAAAGCUAGCAGGAAUAUACCUACCUGAGCACCAAUAUUGCCUCCGCUUGCAAAGCAGAUGUCCUCCUAGAUACACAGUUGCAACUCUCAUUGAAAUUCUGUGCACAAGCACACAGAAAUUAGAUCUGUGUGUCUAAGGGAAGACUGGUGCAUAGGAGAUUUAUACUUGAGAGGGCUGAAAUUAGAGCUGGUCAAAACAAUGCUGUAAACUAGUAUUGCUGGGUUUAGAUUAGUUGAAAUUCUUUGAAUAUUUGAAAUGUUGAUAAUUUAAAGUUAAAUAAUUGAUAAUUUAAAUAAAAUAUCCACAUUUUUUCUGCAUGGAUUUUAUCCCUAUUUCUACAUAUUAAUCAUCUCCAUAUUUUUUUUAAAUUAUAUUUUAAGCCUAUCUAGUUGUAAAUGUAACAAAAGUUUUUCUAAGAGCUUAAUUAUGUUACACUUAUUCAUCUAGUCCCCUUGUGGUCAAUAACUACAUCCUUAUUCAGAGAAGUUUGUGCCAAUGUCCCCUCAGCAGCUGAGGCUAGCAAGAAAUAAAAAUACUAUGAAAUUUCACACUUAUGACUUCAUGUCAUAGGUAUGCUCACAAAUCACUGAAAUCCUCUUUCAGCAUAUUUUAAAAUGGUUUUGCUUACAAAUAGUGAUCCUAAUUCUGCAGUCUUUACACAGGCAAAGCUCCCAUUGAAGUGUCAGAUGGGGUCUUCUACUAAGUACUUGUACUGAUCGAAGCAUGUUUAUGCAGUACAAAGCAAGGUCCUAAUCCAGCAAACAUUUAUGUACAGAAAUUCUACUGUGCAUAGGCCUAUUGAUUUCAAUGUGGCUACUAACUUUAUGCGCAUGAAG